CAUAGCAUUUAAGGCACUGGUUGUUUUCCGGACACGUUAUUGUUGCAUCAGCAUCCGACCGAUCUGUACUGUGGUAAUGUCGACCUCAGGAGAGCCAGCCUUUGAGUAUGGCUUCUUGCUACAGAUUAAUGAGGAGGCUGCACUGGCAGUGGCCCUGAAUGACUACCUAACCUCACGCAGCUACCUGGCCGGGUUCAGUCCCUCCCAGGCCGACCGGAAAGCCUUUAAGCUCCUCCACAAGCCCCCAGAUCCACAACAUGUCCAUGCUCUGCGCUGGUACAGACACAUAUCAGCCUUGCAGCAGGACCUCAGCCCUGAGAGCAGCAUGAAAGGAAAGCGGGUUCAGCCCCCUUGGUCUCCACCAUCGGGGACUGACGUUCCCCAACUUCACCUCUACAACAGCUUGACAAGAGCAAAGGAGCCAUUUGUUCCCCAGAAAGGGAAUAAGGUAACAUGGUAUUGCUGCGGACCUACAGUGUAUGACGCCUCACACAUGGGACACGCCAGAUCCUACAUAUCUUUUGAUAUUCUGCGAAGGAUUCUGAGGGACUACUUCAAGUAUGAUGUCCUGUACUGCAUGAACAUCACAGACAUAGAUGACAAGAUCAUUAAAAGGGCCCGUCAGAACUACCUUUUGGACCAGUACAAGGAGAAACAGCCACAAGCUGCCCAAAUACUAGAGGACAUCCUGAGUGCCAGAGAGCCCUUUCAGACAUAUUUGGCCUCAACGACAGACCCAGAUAAGAAGCAGAUGCUGGAACGGCUGGACGCUGCCGUCACUGCUGCUCUGCAGCCCCUGCAGGCAGCUCUGGGGGUCACUGCUCCUGAUGAAGUCAUCCAACCUCUGGCCCAGGUGCUGCUGGAGAGUUCCAAGGACCUGCUGGCUGAUUGGUUGGACAAACAGUUCGGAAGUCUCGUCACAGAGAACUCAAUCUUCUCCAUUCUGCCUAAAUACUGGGAGGGAGAGUAUCAUAAUGACAUGCAAGCCCUGAAUGUUCUUCCCCCCGAUGUCCUCACUAGAGUCAGUGAAUACGUGCCUGAGAUUGUGGAGUUUGUGAAGAGGAUUGUCUCAAAUGGUUAUGGAUAUGAGUCAAACGGUUCUGUGUACUUUGAUACCUCUAAGUUCGAUGCCAGUCCGCAGCACUCGUAUGCCAAACUGGUCCCAGAGGCAGUCGGAGAUCAGAAAGCUUUACAAGAGGGAGAAGGAGACUUGAGCAUCUCCGCUGACAGACUGAGUGAGAAAAAGUCCCCAAAUGAUUUUGCCUUGUGGAAAGCCUCCAAGCCAGGAGAGCCUUCAUGGGACUCUCCCUGGGGGAAGGGAAGGCCAGGCUGGCACAUUGAAUGUUCAGCCAUGGCUGGCUCUAUCCUGGGAGAGUCCAUGGACAUCCACGGUGGAGGGUUUGAUCUCCGAUUCCCUCAUCAUGACAAUGAGUUGGCUCAGUCUGAGGCUUUCUUUGAGAAUGAUCACUGGGUCCGAUACUUCCUGCACACUGGGCACCUGACGAUCGCAGGCUGCAAGAUGUCAAAAUCGUUGAAGAACUUCAUCACCAUCAAGGACGCCUUGGCAAAGAACUCAGCUCGCCAGCUCCGUCUAGCUUUCUUGAUGCAUUCCUGGAAGGAUACCCUGGACUACUCUUCCAACACAAUGGAGUCAGCCGUCCAGUAUGAGAAGUUCAUGAAUGAGUUCUUCCUCAAUGUAAAAGACAUACUGCGUGCUCCUACUGAUGUCACAGGUCAGUUUGAGAAGUGGGAAGCGGCAGAGGUGGAGCUUAACAACAGCUUCUGCAAGGGGAAGGCAGCCGUGCAUGAAGCUCUGUGUGACAAUAUGGACACUCGGACGGCCAUGGAAGAGAUGAGAGUGCUGGUCAACCAGAGCAACAGCUACAUCGCCGGCAGGAAGAGCGCCAAGCUGAGACCCAACCGCAUGCUGGUGGAAAGCAUCGCUGUGUAUCUCACUAACAUGCUGAAGAUAUUUGGCGCCAUUGAAGGAUCGGACCCUGUAGGUUUCCCUGUGGGAGGACAAGGUCAGAGUAUUGACUUGGAGAGCACAGUUGUGCCGUACCUCACGGUGCUGUCGGAUUUCAGAGAGGGUGUUCGAAAAAUCGCUCGAGAGCAGAAAGUGAUGGAGCUGCUGCAGCUUUGUGAUGAGGUGCGUGAUGAGACCUUGCCGGAUUUGGGAGUCCGACUGGAAGAUCAUGAAGGUCUGCCCACAGUGGUGAAACUAGUAGACAGGGAGAUACUGCUGAAGGAGAAAGAGGAGAAGAAGAAGGUGGAAGAAGAGAAGAAAAGGAAGAAGGAAGAGGCUGCCAGGAAGAAAGAGGAACAAGAGAUGGCUAAACUCGCAAAGAUGAAGAUGCCUCCAUAUGAAAUGUUUCGCACGGAAACGGAUAAAUAUUCCCAAUUUGAUAAAAUGGGUUUCCCCACCCAUGAUGCUGAAGGUAAGGAGCUCAGCAAAGGACAAGCCAAGAAGCUGCGGAAGCUCUACGAGGCCCAGGAGAAAUUACACAAUGAGUAUCUUCAGAUGACUCAAGAUGGCAACUGAUUCUGGUUACAAACUAACCAAGCCAUCUACUCUACACAGUACCUUCACAAUAAGUGUUAAGGUCACAGACGCUGGGUCAAUGUUUGUCUGUUUUCAGCAAAUCUAACAAUAAAAAACUAAUGAUUUUUUUCCAUCCAAGUGAAUUUCUGAAUAACGGUUAAAACUUACACUUCCUAACCAAAGUCCAUCAGUCUUCAAAGUGGGAAAAGAAACUGAAGGAAACCACCUCCUUAUUUUGUUUGUCUCAUCAUCUCCCCACAAGAGCAAAUUCAAGUCAGUAAAUGAAGAUUUAAUGAUGUGACAUCACAGCAAAGUGCUAUAUAUUAACACCGCCUAUCAGUUUAAAGACUGGUUUCUGUAUUAAAAAUGACAUUUUUAAUGUAAUUCACAAAUUGCAUAAAAAAUAGCUGAAGGCACUGGCACCGCAACUAACAAUUCAUUUCAUCAUUGAUCACUAAUCUCCCUGUUAUUGUCUUGAUUAACUGAUUGAUCACUGUAUAAAAUAGGAAAGCCAAAGUGCGUGUUUUAGUUGUCCGACAGUCAGUUUACUAUCCUAAUGCCAACAAAAACAGGAAGCUCUCACAAUUAAGAAGCUGGAACCAUCUUGUUGAUUAUCACAAUAGAUGUAGCAGAAUUUUUCAUCCAUUGAUUAACUGACUGAUUGUUGCAGCUCUAGAGGGCACCUUUGAAUAUAAAUUAGUUUUAGGCCAAUAUUCCUUUUACUGCCAUUGUUUCACCCAUUGUAGAGUUCACAUUUUUUCUUUUUCUUCCACAAUUGUAUGAGAAUGUGUCUGUUCUUAGAACAUUUUAGGUAAUUCAAUACUUUUUCCAAACAUUUGCAUCAAUUUUGUUUUUUUGGUUCAUUCCUCAUCUUCAGGAUUUUUACUGGAUUUGUACAACCUUAAAGGACAAUGCCACAAAUGUUCAUUACUUUUUGUUUUUGUCAGAAAAUACCACAAAAGACCAACAAUGUGUUAGUCCAUCCUCUCUGUACUUGCUGACGUCCUUAGCCUGUCUGGCUCGCAGCCCCAAGCCCAUUGAUUCCUACUGAACACUUAAACACAUCACACAAAUUUAGUUUUUAAAAGAAAUGCUCCAUAAUUUCCUAAAACAUCUCGACACUCAAACAGGAAAUUUUUCGUUUUUCCAGCUACGACUGGAUUUGGUGUUCUAGUGAGUCAACAUUGGAGCUCUAUUGCACAGAGGAAUAUAUAAUAUAUCACAUAAUACUUUUACUUUUGGCGGGAUGUUGGUUUUGGUCUAUUUGUAGAAUCUACUGUUUGUAAGAAAAAUAUAGCCUAUCACCAGGCAGCUGUAUUCUCAUCACACUGGGAGAAGAUAACUUGUUAAACCCGCUGUUAUUGUUAUUACUCUUGUGGCUUGAGUGAAAUCACAUGAAGAGCAGCUUUUUAUUAUUCAGCUAUCCAUUAGGAUUGUGUAUUUUUGUACUGUUUAUGUAUUGCAGUUCCAUGGUUUUGAGAAGGCAUACCUGUAGCACAGAUGUUUAGGAAAGAAGACUCUCAAAUUGUUCAUCUUCGUCAGCUUUUCAGAUUACAGGAAUGUUUACUCGUGUUAAACCCUCCAGUGGCAAGGUGUUAUCAUUACUCUGGGUGAAAUGACUUUUUUUCACUUAUUAGAAGGGAACAGCAGUUAAGAUUGAUGUAUAUGUGCUUAAUACACAAAUAAAAGACAUUCAGACUGGAACAGAAUGAAACUUUAAAUUUUGUUACAGUCUGUGAUAUUUUGAAGGUCUGUGCCUGUUGUCUACCUGGAGGAUGUCUAUUUAGUGAUGUUGAUUCACAGUUUCAAUAAAUGUGUAAAUGGGAGCAGGCAGAGGCGUUUGUCUGUUAUUUUGUAUGGCCUGUGCUCCCCUGUAAGGUAAUAGAAAAUCAACAGAAUCACUGAUUUUUAAGCACAGAUACUUUGCUUGAAUUUAAUGUGUCUUUAUGAAAGAUAAAAGGCACCAAAGACCAUGCCAAUGCCUCCAAGAGAGCUCUCAGGCUCAAGUCUUCUUUAAGGAAGCCCACAUGAUUUCAUCAUGAUUACAUGGCUUGUAAUGGACUAAAAAUAAGACCGUUAAAUCCUAAUAAAACCUUAAAAGUCACUGAAAUGAAAUGCACCUUGAAUUAUCUGACUUCAGUUUGCCAAAAUGGACCACUUGUUAGCUUAUGUCAAGACAAGGCAUUUGCAGCGUUAUGUAAUUAGACUAUUAGUUCAGGAUUGUUGUCAUUCUGUCAAUGUGAUGAGACCUGAUACUCUUUGCAACACUGUCACUGGGCCUAUAUUUGUAGAUGAUGCAUUUGAUGGGAAAAGAUGC